CUUUAUCCGGCCACAAACAGAAUCCUGAAGGAACAUUUACGAGACAGAAAGCAGGAAUUCACAUCCUUCAGUUUAAUCGAGAUAUGUCUGAAGAUUGCAGAAGCCAUGGACUACCUCUCCUCAAAUAACAUCGUCCACCGUGACAUAGCUACUCGUAACUGUGUAGUGUGCUCUGGUGACAUGGUGAAAAUUUCUGAUGCUGCAUUUUCUUGGAGCCUGUUCCCAGAUGAGUAUAUGUAUGAUUCUGACCGUGAACGAUGGCUUCCUGUGCGAUGGAUGGCCCAGGACAGUCUUCAGUCUGGUUUCUACAGUACUACUACAGAUGUGUGGUCAUAUGGCGUUUUAAUGUGGGAGGUGAUGUCACGAGGUGUUUUGCUGCCCUACUUUGAUAUUGAAAAUAAUGAGGAUAUCAAAGAUCAUGUGAUUAAUGGCUAUCGUCUGGGGAAACCGGAUACGGUACCGGAUGAAAUGUACAUCCUUAUGAUGUCCUGUUGGGAUACCAAUCACAGCCAGCGCCCUGCUUUUGUACGCAUUAUUGAGCGUUUGAUAGACAUUCUGAAUCCACAAGAACCAUCACAUAGAAUGUAUCAGAACCAGGAGGAGCUUCCGGAGUACGGAAAUUUAACAAAUGAUCCACCGAAGCUUCCAUCACGGGCCAACAUGCCAGCAAACAAUGGCAAUGUCAACUUUGGCUUCAGAUAAUGAUAAAGAUGUGGUUGAGCCUUUGACUGAGGUCAAGGUCAUUGCAUCAUCAGGGCAAGAUAAUGAUUUUUUCGUAAGUUCAUAGUUAUCACACAACCAGUUUGUGAGAAUGUUCAAUCAAUGAUCACCUUAAUGACUAGAUGUUCGAUUUGACAAAUCAUUUUGUGCCAUAUCUACUUAAGAAGUAUUUUGUAUGUUAGCAUUCAUUCAGUGUUUGUUCAUUUGUUUCCCCAUGAACAUUCCUGUAGUAGCUGGUGGCUACCUCAUUGAACAACAUACCAUCACAUGCCAUCCAGAUCUAAAGCAAUGAGGGUAAAGUGUCUUGCUUAAGGACACAACUACAACAGCAUUGACUGGUCCGUUUUACAGCUUCUGAGAAACGCGUCAAACGUCACAGGUAGCGAGCAUCAAGCCAUGCACCUUUGAUCUUCACCAGUGGUUAUGUAGGCUGGCGCUCUAGUUAACCGAGUUAUUACUGUCUCCUCUCUGUUCAAUGAAAGGAGAUAUGGACAUCUCAUCAAAACAGAUAUAUGUAGGAUAUGUGUGUCUGGUACUACAAAAUAUGGUCAAACAAAUUGUAUCUGGUUCAACAAACUAUUCAUUUUAUCUAGACAUGCACUAUAAAAUUUCUCCAAUGAAACAAGAUAUCCUCUUUUUAUUCUUCUGUCCAAGAAUAAAGGUUUUCCCUUAAUAGAAUAAAGACAAGAUUAAUGCUGUCUAUGGAUAAAUGAUUGUUAAAACUAGAUAAGACUAGAAAGGGAAAACCUUUCGCAAAGACAGAAAACUUUAAUCUAUUUUAUUUUUUAAAUAGAAUGAACUGAUUUGGAUCUAGAUGAUCUUUGAGAUUAUCAAGAUAAAUACAGAAGUUGUACCCUUUCUAAACAAUGACUGUCUAGAUGACCUGGAAUAUGAUUUUGUUCGGCACUGCUUAUAUCACAAUUUGUCUUUCAAAUAAAAAAAAAGAUAUUGUCACAUGUGAUGUGUACAUAAUUGAGUGAUCAAAUAUAUUUUUAUAUUUUUAUAUGAGAAAUGCAUGAUGCAUAAUAUUGAUACCAAACUUUUGUAUAAACAACAUGUUGUAUGUAGCCAGGGUAUGAUAAAGGUCUGCCAGUGUAUGCUUGUGUGUAUUCCCUUUAUAUAUUAUAAACAUGUAUCUGGCAAGACACAUGGCGAGACUUAAACAUAUAAUGAUAUAUUACCUAGAGACACUAAAUCAUAUAUAUAUAUGUAUAUAUCAUGUUGUAUUUGGCAUAUUCAUGUCAGGGAUAAUUCUAUAAGCCCAAAGUCUCAUGCUCAAAUUUGGUGUCGAAGGUACUAAAAAAUUUUACUUUGAAAGUAUUAUGAUAUAAGAUUGGAUAAUUUUUUUUUCGCCUACCUGCCGGCUUGUACAGUAAUUAUAAAUCUGUACACGCCUACAACACAAAAAACUGUGUAAAGACCACGAGUACCACAAAGGAUUUUUGCAAUGAUGAUUCAAAUUUUUGUGGUUAUACAAACAUAAGAAACCAAAUUGUUUUGUUCUGUUUUGCAAAAUGAAGCAAAGCUUAAUUUACUCUACUGAAUAUUCUGUUUUCGAGAACCUAUUUUUUGCAAUUGUAUCAUUAAUAUUAUCGAAAAUAUCCUAAAGAAGAAGCUAAUAAAUCGACAGGGUAUAUAAUAAUGACAUCCACAUCUAUGUCUCCCUAAACACGUGGUGGUGUUAUAAAAAUAAUCCCAAGGAAUUGUGAUAGUGUAAUCCUAAACUCAUUUUUAUAUAUGCAUGCAUAUUAAUUUUAAUUAAUUUUCAUUUCUAAUUUAUGUGCUUUAAUUAAUAUGAUUAGUUCUCUCUCUCGAUAACAGGGGAAUGUUAAGUUUUUUGGUGCAAAUGUUGAAAGACAUCUCGGUAAACUCCUAUAUGUAAGUGUAUUAGGGUUCUGAUAUUUUGUUUCAGGGUUACUGUGUGUGUUUAUACUACCCAGGAAUUAUUUUCCGGAGUCAAACAUGUUUCAUAAUAUGUUCAAUGCUUACUAUAUUGCAAAACCUAAUUCAUGCUACAUGUAUGUCUGUUUUACCUUUAAAUAUUGUAGUAUUUUUUUGUUAAAAUAUUAGUAUGUUGCAAUAUAGAUUCCAGUUGGUGAACUCAACCA